AGCGAGCGGAGGCUCCAUCUGGGGUUGGGGGAGGGCGGGCUCGCGGGUUAGGCGGCGCAUCUACCGCCCCCCGGCCUUUGGCAGCCCGGCACCCAGAGCCGGGCGGGUGGGGCGGGCGGAUCAGGGAGCCGCGGGUGGGAGAAGGCGGCCCGGAGGAGAAGAGACCGCGCUGCACCUGGCACCGGGAGAGAGGCCGACGAUGGCGCUCGACUUCUUGGCAGGAUGCGUUGGAGGUGCUGCAGGUGUGCUGGUGGGACAUCCCUUUGACACCGUCAAGGUACGCCUCCAGGUUCAGAGUGUAGAGAAACCUCUCUACCGAGGGACUUUCCACUGCUUUCAGUCCAUUGUAAAGCAAGAAAGUGUAUUUGGCCUGUAUAAAGGUAUUGGGUCACCCAUGAUGGGCCUGACCUUUAUCAAUGCCCUUGUGUUUGGAGUCCAAGGCAACACAAUCCGGGCCCUGGGGAACGACACACCCAUGAACCAGUUCUUGGCAGGGUCUGCCGCAGGCGCAAUCCAGUGUGUGAUCUGCUGCCCCAUGGAACUGGCCAAGACUCGGAUGCAGCUUCAGGGCACAGGCGAGUACAAACUGAAGACAAGGACCUACAAAAACUCCCUGGACUGCCUGGCGAAGAUCUACCGGCAGGAGGGUCUGCGCGGCAUCAACAAAGGCAUGGUGUCCACUCUGAUCCGGGAGACGCCCAGCUUUGGCUUCUACUUCCUGACCUAUGACUGCCUGACCCGCUCCCUGGGCUGUGAGCCCGAGGACAACUUUGUGGUGCCCAAGCUGCUGUUGGCAGGCGGCAUGUCCGGGAUCGUGUCCUGGCUCUCCACCUACCCCGUAGAUGUGAUUAAGUCCCGUCUACAGGCAGAUGGCGUGAGGGGCGUCCAGCAGUACAGCGGCAUCCUCGACUGUGUGUGCAAGAGUUAUCAGGUGGAAGGCUGGAGAGUGUUCACCCGCGGUCUCACAUCCACCUUGCUGCGGGCCUUCCCGGUCAACGCAGCCACCUUCGCCACUGUCACCAUCUUCCUUAUGUACAUGCGGUCCGAGGAAGUGAUGACAGAGUGUGAGGCAGCCCUCCCUCAGCCUUCCAGCUUGUAAAGAUUUGCCCUCAGCCCCCGGGUGUCUUCUUUUCCGUUCUGACCUGCCCCUCUACCCUAUCUAUUUUUGUAAAUGCCUGUCCUUGUAGAAGACUAUGUAAACAAACAAUACUGAGCUGUUUCGCCUGGCUUGGCCUGGGUACCAUCUUGUGCUCCGGGGGUCUGGGCAUCAUCCUGCCUGGUGACACAGCCUUUCCUUCUACUGCUUCUUGGGAUUGGAGCCACCUCAAAUGCCAGCAUUCUGAUCCAGGGGCGCACUGGGGCGAAUUCUUUUAUCCCCUGAUGCCAGCAAUCUGACAGAUUCUUUUCCUGAAUUUUAAUCGACCCGGCCCUUCCUUCAGGGAGGUCAAAUCUGCUCCACCCGGUCAUGAUCACAUUUUACUUUCUUAUAUUGGGCCCCACAUGAUUUUUCUGAGGCUGAUUUGGAAUCGGGCUUGGGUUUUGAAUGUCACCUCGGUUCCCGUGUGACCUUGAACAAAUCACUUCUUCCCUAGAAGUCAAUUUCCAUUAUUAUAAAAUGAGGGUGUUGGAACUGGGGAUGUGUGGGGUCUUUCCCAGUCUAGAUUUUAGGAUUCGUAGUCAAGGCAUGUUGUUGGCUUCCUGUUCUUCCUUUCCCAGAGGAUAAACCUUGGCUCUCUAGGCUAAGGCUUGCUGGGUCAGCAGCCAUUCCAUUCAGAAGUGAUAGUACUGCAGCUGGGGGCACAAGCAGAGAGGCCUGGGCAUCAUUGCCCAGCAAGAUGACACCUCUUGGGGCAGCUAGGUGGCGCAGUGGAUAGAGCACCGGCCCUGGAGUCAAGAGUACCUGAGUUCAAAUCCGGCCUCUGGCGCUUAACACUUACUAGCUGUGUGACCCUGGGCAAGUCACUUAACCCCAAUUGCCUCACUAAAAAAAUAAAAAAACAAAACAAAACAAAAAAAAGAUGACACCUCUUUGACCCUUCCUUAGUAACAGAAAGUCUGCUUGUGGUGUUUUACCAAUAAAGAAGUCAGUUAAUAUUUUUAUCAUUUUAAACUCAGGACAGGGAGAACUAACAGAGUCAGAUGAAGGCACCCCCCCCCCCCCCAAUCUCCACACCACACACUUUGGAUGGGUAUUUCAGGCAGUCGCCCACAGUGAUGCAGGUAGAUAUGGUUUCGACAUAUUGAGAAGUGUGCAGUAUCAAGUGUGAACUCUGGGAAUCUAUUUAUUGCUAUUACUAUGGCAUUCUUAUUUUUGAGGACCCUUGUUAAUGCCAUGGAGGGGGUGACCCACAAGGACUGAGCUGCAGAUAAUAAAGAAUGUGGCCAUUUACUGUAUUGUUUCCUGGGAAGCAAGGAAAUGGCUUUCCCUUGGUGAUAGGUGCAGAGGACCUGGGACAGGUUUAAAGAGUUCAGAGGAUGGGUGCAUUUUAAAUUGUGCUUUAAGAAAACAUAAUUAGGGGGCAGCUAGGUGGGGCAGUGGAUAGAGCACCAACCCUGGAUUCAGGAGUACCUGAGUUCAAAUCUGACCUCAGACACUUAACACUUACUAGCUGUGUGACCCUGGGCAAGUCACUUAACCCUCAUUGCCCUGCAAAAAAGAAAAGAAAAGAAAAGAAAACAUAAUUAAAGCAUUUUGCACUCUCAGAAAUUAUGCUGGAGACACUUAUUUUCUGGAUCCAGAUUUUUGAUGGAAGGCAGAGAAGAGUAUUGGCACCAUCUAUAGGCUCCCACUGAAUGUGAAAUGAAUGUCACCUAAAGUUUAUGUAACAAGUCAAUGAUUAUCUUUGUAAUAUAUUCUGUAAUUAUUGUACAGACAAUAAAAAUUUUUUAAAAAUCAA